UGCAUUUGCUCACAACAUAACCUUCCUUGAAUUCGAUAUCUACCUAAGAUGACAAAACCAGGUUACAUUAAUGCUGCUUUUCGUUCAUCUUUCAACGGCGAAGCUUACUUAUUCAUCGAUGAUAAGUAUGUGUUGGUAGAUUAUGCACCGGGAACCGGCGACGAUAAGCUCUUAAACGGGCCUCUUCCUCUUCCUGCUGGGUUUAAAUCACUUGAUGGUACAGUAUUUGGAACCUACGGAGUUGACUGUGCCUUUGACACCGAUAACGACGAAGCAUUCAUCUUUUAUGAGAACUUUACUGCUCUCAUAAACUAUGCUCCACAUACUUACAAUGACAAAAUCAUCUCGGGUCCGAAGAAAAUCUCGGACAUGUUUCCUUUUUUCAAAGGAACCGUGUUUGAAAACGGGAUUGACGCUGCAUUCAGGUCAACUAAGGAGAAAGAAGUUUAUUUAUUCAAAGGAGACUUGUAUGCUCGUAUAGACUAUGGAAAAAACUAUCUGGUUCAAAGUAUCAAGAACAUUAGCACUGGGUUCCCUUGUUUCACUGGAACCGUCUUUGAAAAUGGAGUGGAUGCUGCUUUUGCUUCUCACAGGACCAAUGAAGCAUACUUUUUCAAAGGAGAUUACUAUGCACUUGUCAAGAUUAGCCCGGGCGGAAUAGAUGACUAUAUUAUCGGUGGUGUGAAGCCCAUUCUUGAGAAUUGGCCUUCUCUUCGUGGUAUAAUACCUCAGAAAAGUUAAAUGUGGCUCUCUGUGUGUGUGUGAUAUCAUCAUGCAAGUAUGGUAUUAAGAAUAAAGACUAUUGUUGUCGUUGUUGUGUGUUUCUUUUUCAUGUUGUUUCUAGUUCUUAAUGUUUGCUUAUGUUGUUCAUGUGAACUAUGUAAUGACAUGCACUGUGUACGCGCAGAGUGAAAAUAAUAUAUUACUGUGUAUGUUGAUUACAA